AUGCUUGAAAAGUACUUGAGUGCUAUUCUUGUGCCUUAUUUCUCCAAAUACGCGGAGAACAUUGACUCAAAGCAACUCAACGUGGACCUCUGGAGCGGCAAGGCAUCCCUGAAUGACCUCAUCCUGAGGCCAAGCAUAUUGGACGCACUGCUGCAAGGGGAAUCUGGCAGCGAUGUCCCUACCAGCAGCGGUGUCGCUUCAACUCCUUCCUGUUCUUCUUCUUCUGCUGCAGUCCAUACGACUGCCGCGUCGACCGCGGUGAGUAGUUGCUUGCCGCUAACGUUGCAGCGUGGUGUAUGUAAGAAAGUGAGCAUUGUCGUCCCUUUCACGCAACUGCGCUCAAAGCCGGUGGUUGUGGAGGUGGAUGAACUUUUUAUUUGUGUUUGUGGUAGCACGGAAAGCCGGGAUGCGGUGCUCGGUAAGGCCGCCAAACUUGAUGCCCAGGCUGCGCAUAAGGCACGUGAACUGGAACAGUUUGAAGCAGAACGAAGACGCAUGCGGGAUGUGGCAGCAGCAGCAGCAGCGGCCAAAGAAGGCGGUACCAAUACCGCUGCAGCGUCUCCUUCUGGUCUUGCUGGUACUCGUAGUGGUCAUGGUAGUGGCUUUAUGGCCGAUGCCGGGGAUGGCGUUGCCCCGGCACCGUCUUUACUGACUCCGUUAACAACGGGGAGGGACGGUUAUUUCUCCCAUCUCGGGGAACUUGUUGUUAACAACAUCGUUGUGAAAGUGCGGAGUGUACAUGUGCGAUACGAGGAUGAGUCGACCAAAUCUGUUAUGGGUGUUAUCCUCGGUGGGGUGGAGUUUACAACAAUCGACAGCAUUACCGGAGAGGCAACGUUUAUCGAUCCUUCUGGCCUCUCACGCAUGCACAAGCGGCUGGAGUUUAAGGGAAUGCAGUUUUACUGCGAUGAUCCUCUUCGAUAUGAGAGGGAACCGGGGGAUUAUUUUAUCUCGAAGAUGACUGACAUGUCAGAGUGGCACACAGCGAUGCGGAAUCGUGUGGAGGCGGGGGAUGUAGAAAUGUCCACGGUUCUCGGCCCGGUCAAGGGCCACGUAGAUGUGAACUUAGUGUUUAAGAAGUUCAUAAAGAACCUCCUGCAUGACCCAUACUUAACAGCACGCAUGAAAUUAGGCUCCGUCACUGCGAAGUUUAACCGUGCGCAGUACGUAUCACUCAUGCGUACCGUAUCUUUGUUAAGUAACUGGACAGGAGGGGUAGAGUUGUUUCCACGCCGACCCACCGUUCCCAUCCUACAGGACCCUGCCGUGUGGUGGCGCUACGCCAUUCGAGCAGUGAGGACCAUCACAGGGGCACCACGCCGGGAGAGGCUGCUGCAACGCAUUUCGGAAGUGUGUAUCGUCGAUUAUCAUGUACUCUACCGCGAUGUCGUGCGUAAGGCGGAGAUGUCUGCCGAUAAACAACGCGCAUACCGUUUUAUUACACGCUUUAUGACUGUCCCCGAUAUGAUUGCGGGGCGAAAAUACGUCUACACACAGAUCGCCAACGCCAUUCAACUUAAGCGGAAGGACAAUGAGGCUAAAAAGGCCGAAGCGCAGUCAAACUUUGCCAAAAAGAAUACGGGCUGGUUUGCGUGGCUGCGUCGUGGACCAAAGACACCACAGGACAUAGAAGAAGAGGAAGCCGCCUUUGAGGAGCUGGAGCGAUCGUAUGGCAUCAACCCGAAUGACCCGGAGGGGGCAGAGACGACUAUGGUGGAUGUGUCCGCGCUGCCCAAGUCAUACUGCUGGCUGGAUGCCCAGUUUGACCUCCCGAUGUUUAGUCUGCGGCUGGACAUGGGGAAGAGGGAGACUGUGACACUGAUGCUGCAUUCUGUUAGGACGCAUCUUAGGAAAUUCAACGCGGCCAACUCUGUGCAGCUUCGUUUCAUCACCGAGAAUCUGACGCUGUCAAACCCGGUACAAGAUAACGCUCUUCAGGAAAGGCUUCCAUCACUUGUGGAGGGUAUCCCUCUCUCGUCUAGUGCGGCAAGCGCAUGGAAAAUAGAUCCCACAUCACGACGGUCAUCUUCCAUGUCGUCUUCUCUUCCGCCACUUUCGCCGAAGCAACAGGGCGGGGUGCCAUUGCUGGAGUGCAGCGCCGCUUUUAACCCCAUCGAUGCCCAAAAAGAGCCGCAGCUCAAAAACACGCAAUUGGACUUUGCAUUGGAUCUCCGUCUCCUGCCCCUUCGAAUCGUGGCGGAACCGUCCAUUAUUGAUCACGUUAUUUGUUUUUUUCAGUUUCCAAAGGGUCUGGAUCUCGCGUCUAUUGUGCGGAGCACCAAAAGCCUCGCUGCCACAGUUGGACAGGCGGCCUCUUCAGAGUUGCGUCGUGCCAUGGCCCACUCGAAGAGCUUUAGUAUUAGCGUGGACGCUGCGGCACCGUACAUUAUUGUGCCGAAAACGUUGCGGGGUUCUGUAGAGGAGCCGGCACUGGCGGUAUCCCUUGGACACGUUCAGUUUGAAACUGAACCCCUUACCGAGACGGAGAAGCAAAGUCGCUUGGCGAGCACAACGACGCUUAGUGAAAUGAAUGAGGACCUGAUGUACUAUUCUAGUAGCGCUACGUUUUCAAACUUCUACGUGGAGAUUGCUCCGAUUGGGUUGUCAUUGGAGAGGCCUGGUAAAGGCUUUAUGCUUGUUCCCGAAGUCGCCUUUUCUGCCAAAGUCUUGCAAAUUAUUGACGACUCCAUUGAAAAUCGGGAAAGGUUUAUUGUACGAAUGGAGGUACCAUCACUAUGCAUGGCGUGCUCCGUCAGCCAAGCCUACAUCUUAUCCAACAUGGUGGAGAGUUGGUUGCUGUAUCUUCAGGCGAAUGAUUCACCUUAUGCCGACGAGCAGCUUCCGCCAUCGCUGGAGGCCACGCUACGUGGCGGGGAAAGGGCAUCCCAAUCGGCUGUUGUUGGGCUGGAAGGGCCGCAUGGCUUUACACACACGAACAACGCACUGAUGCGCAACCGAAAAGGAGGCGAGUCGGAGUCCGAUGACAUCCCGGCUUCCCCAUCGCCAUUGGGAAGAUCACGAGAGGACCUUCCUUAUGUGCGUCUGCACUUAAAGGUCAAGGAGCUUGGCAUUCUCAUUUAUGAAGACGAGCCCGAGACGCUGCAGCCGAUGAAGACGCCUCGUUUCACAAUGGCCUUCAGCACUGCCGAGGUGACUCUACACGUGCGUACGCUGCAGAAAUGUGUAAGCAUGAUCCUUGAGCAGCCGUAUUGCAGUGAUGCAAAGGAACCGGAUCAGCUGAUUCUCAGUGCAACUGUGAUCCGCUGCGGUGUGAAGACGGCGCCCGACACCCCUAUCCGAGUGGAUGUGGAGCUGGAGCCCUCACUGAGAUUUUGUUUUGGCACACCCUGCAUUCAACUCCUUGAGACGCUGAUGGAUAUUAUGAACCUCGUCAGCGGGGCGCCACGUGUUUUAAAGGAAGGGGAGGGGGAGGAGAAGGCGUUUUCUUCCCAACUGCUGCGACACUUCACAGGGUCUACGGCGCCUCGUGGGACUACCACCAUCCGUCCCACGAGUCAGCAUUCUCAGGUGAACCUCGUGGAGGAGCUGUGCAGUACAUACGACACAAACGUGGUAAAACUUUCCCUGCACGUUGCCGGCACAACGGUGGUGGAUAUCAUGGAUCGACGCAGAAAGAAGAGGGUACCGCGGAAAGAUGAUAGUGACGCGGAGUCUGGGGAGGAAAAGAAAACGGCAGAAGAAAGGGUCGAAAAUGAAAAGAACGACAAAGAAGAAGGGGAGAAAGAGGAGGAGGAUUAUCCUUUCGCCCACGCCUCCUUCACAGAGAUGACACUUUCUCUUAAGAAGAAUGGGGCGACGCUAGAGGUGAGUGGCGGGGUGGGGCAGGUUACUUUUGCCCUCGCAGAAGCCCACGACGUUGCCCCGGCGCAUCGCACCAUCGUGCAGUACAAGGCCCCUCCGUCACGGACCCCUCUCCGGCCGGCGUUGCAGCAGGAUGUUCCCUUUCUGGACACGCACCUCGUACGCCAUGAAUCGCAUGAGCACAUCAAUUUUUCCUACCGCACUAGUCUUCCGGUGGUUCCUAUUUUUGAGACAGACUGCAAAGGCAAGCGGCAUUUGUCCAAUGCCGCUGAACUGCGCUUCUCAAGUUUUGUGGAGAUUGAAGUCAGCUCCAGUACGGUGCUUCUCGAUGUAUACAGCAUCCUGACCGUGACACAGUACUUCAGCUCCGGUCUCUUUGCCCGCGUGACACAACUAACAAGUCGACCGCGGUACGAUGGGCGUGUCACGGUUUCUUCACCGCCGGUGCAGCCACCAACUCUGUUGACAAGCUUGCGGGUGUACGCGCGGGAUUUGUUUUUUAUUCUUCCCAUCGAUACCCGCACAACAGGUGAUGGAUAUUUUCAGGUUACAGUCGAUCACGUCGUUGUGCAGAGCAGCCUGCUGUCAGCGGAGGGCAAACAAACAAUGAACAUUUCUUUGCGCGAGAUUCGUUUGCUUCACACGUCCUUAAAGGAAUUUGCGGCCGUUACUACUGGGUCCGAGGGCGAAAAUGAGGAGCCACACACACUGAUGCCUACAACAACCCUUGACAUGUCUGUGAAGACUCCACUCGACCCGCUCUCAGAUGAACCGCUUCAUGUGGACCUGCGAGGUGAGGAUGUCACACUUCAAAUUACGGAGACUGACAUUGUUGGGCUCUGUCGACUUGCAAGCGGCAACCUGAGACGUAUGCCACCACCGCCAUCUGUACGUGCGGCGGCGUCGGCACCAAAGUCGCCACAAUUGGUAGAAUCCUCAUUGGCACCCUCCAUAUCUCCGUCGUCGUCUACGACGCAUAUGCCUGAACGACCGGCUGAUAUCUCUUUUGUUGCUUCGGCAUCUGGCUUGACUUUGCUUCCUAUUCCUCGCGCUGUUCCUCCAUAUAUGGAUAAGGAGAACACGGGCCGUGAGGUGCGCGUUCUUUGGCGGGCCAGUAAAGUAUGCUUGAAUCUUCUUGAUGAGUCAACCAACAAGAUGCGGUUCCGUGUAGAAGGGAAUGGGUUUAUAUUUCAAGUGUUUGUGCCUAGCAAUGAUGUGACUGUGGGAUGGGAGAGUUUGGAGCUAAAUGACGUAUAUGAGGUGACACAACGUGCCUCCAUGAUGUUGUGUGGAGAAAGCCGCGUCGAACUGCGUAACAUUUUGACUUCCUCCGAGAUUCUUCAGAAGAACUUUGGCAUGCGCAGUAGUGUGACGCAGACCUCGGAUAGGUCCGUGUGGGAUUUGUGGAGCGGCAGGGUGUCCGGCACCGAGGGGUACUCGGUGGAUAUCGAAACGGAGCUGCUGGAGGUCCCAACAGUGGUGGUUGACUUCACGUUGAAGCGUUUCGCACUGUCGGACCAGUGGCUUGCGGUGCAUGACUUUGUCUGCAAUGAGGCCGUCAUGGCUGCAUUGCGGCCCAUGAUGGGGGCGGCAGAAGCCUCCCCUUCCUCGUCUCCGCCAUUGUCGCCAGUCGGGAACGAUGCGGAGACGAAGAGGCGAUUUCAUUGUUUGAUUAAGACACGGACCGUGAACGUGCCAUUUUUGACGACUUCACGUGAAGAAUUUAUUGAGGCGGACAUCACAUCGCUCUUUGUGGACUUUUUGGCGCUCCCCGGUGUCAGCAACGUUACGGUGCGAAUGCAGGAUUUGGAGGUGCGGCACCGUGCCUCGGCGGAGCGUAUUCUCUACAGGCAGAGUGACGCCGCCCCUAAUGCAGGUGGGUCCCAGGAGGAGUUGCUGCGCCCCGUCACGGAUGCGGCACCAAUUCCGGGCGUUGCUUUUUCCGGGUCCGUGGAGGGGGAGGCUUCCGCCGCGGAAAAGGCAUCCGGUGGGGAUAUCUUGGCCUUCUCCGGCAGCUUUGACGCGGGGGCGGAGCGGCAGAAGGUGACCGUCUCACUGGGGCAACUCACCGCGCUAUUCUCCAUGCCACUUAUCAUGCAGCUUGUGGAGUAUUGCACCCGACCUGACCAGCCCAUUGCGAAAAUUUCCAACUUGGGCGUCAUGCGGGAGCGGCGCGAGUGGCUGGCACGCGCGGCAGAGGAUUUGGUUCAGAGUGGUGCCUUUUCGCUUAGUUUGUUGUGGCGACAGCCCCGCAUAAUCCUAGCUGGUGAUGCGCAGGACCUCGGGAAUAAAUUGCGCAGCAUCGAGGCACAACUGGGGAUUAUGCGUUCGACUGUUUCUUUGGACAAACGCAACGGGAAUUACACGGUUGCGAUGAAGGUGACGGACAUGGCAAUCCCUGACAUGCUGGAGAAGUCCUCGCUGCGGCUAUCAUAUGCGCUGAAGGACAGGAGGGAAAAUGUGGAUGUUGUUCUGGAUAAAACGGCAGCCCUACUCCAUCCUGAGGAGUUGGAGAAAUUAUUGUGGGUUCUGCACCGUAACCUGAUGGCACCGACCACGACAAUCAGCGCCCAACGUGACAGGGCAGGAAUGAAGACGGAGGCAUCCUCGGAAGCACCCGUGAGUCCGAAGAAGAAAGAAGAAAAAGAGGAAGAAAACGGGGAGGUCCAGGAAGGGGUCACUCACGUGGAGGAAGCCAACUUGCGGACAAUUCAUUUCCGUGCGGAGGGUGUCGUCCUUGCCAUUCACGAUGUCGUUGGCAUCAACGCACACACGGCUUUUCUCAGUGGAAUUGACGUGGAGGUGGCACCCUCUGGUGAUGUGCGCAUGACAGUGGGCUCCCUCACCAUGCUGGAGCACUUCACCAACCGCCAGCUGGCGCAGUCACUCGGAGACCAACCAAUCACAGUCUGCAUGUCAAGUGCAGAGAAGACUGUCAACGUCACACUUGCGGAUAUGAGAUUUAUGCUUAUUCCAAAGGCGCUGGGAAGCAUUUUCAACACGCUGCUUUCCGUGCAGUUUCCACCGCCAUUAGAAGAGAUUCUCGUCAUCGAAACCGGGACAGAAUUAUCUCCAAUGGACACCCACGGGAAAUUUUCUGUAAUUACGGCUACUGAAGCCCCCACCACUGAAAGUCAAACGAUGACAGAACCUUCUUCUACGGUUCUUUCCCGUUGCAUUCUUGUGUCGUUGAAUCACUGCUCUGCCGUCGCAGUUCUGGGCAGUCGUGACGUUUGCGUCGCCGAGUUGAAGGACUUCAUUGUGGAUUGGCGGGCAUACACCGAUGCCUCCAUGAGGCUUACGGCAUCCAUAGAACAGGUCAUUGUACGGGAUACCUUCUCAACAAGCACUCUGUACCCUGAAAUACUCCAACCCCUCCUUGAGGGAGCGACAGACACGAAGGGACAAACGCCAUCAGGGGUCAUUGAGUUUUCAUUUAUUUCGUUGCCACACAAAAACCUCAACAGCAAGAAAAAAAUAAGCUCGAGUGGUCAUAUUGGUGAGGGGGAUGCAGAUAGGUCCGUACCCUCGUAUACGUACCAGUUGCACUGCCAAAUCUCAUCCUUUGCCAUCGUUUUGGUACCGGAGGUGACAUCUGCUGUUGUGCGUUUGCUUUCAGAAGUAAAGGAACAUAUAUCGGAUGUCAACCGUGAGAAGGCAUACGAUUACGUUGCAGACAAGACAGUUCAAACUGUUCAGGAGCGGCAAGAGCUGACGCAGGUGGAGUUGACCCUCCAUCGUUCGUCUAUCAUAUUGGUGGAUUCGGCCAACUCCUCCAAGACGAUGGAGAUGUGCCCGGGCGAUUUUUUGGUGCGGAAUGAAAUUUGUUGCCACCGCUCGGAUGAAUCAACGCCGCUAGCCGACAGCUACGCCGAGGUGUUCCGCUUACACAUCAACCGAAUGUCAUUAAACGUGCUUGGGGCUCCCGCCUUUAGUCACAAUAGUGUGAUUGAGAUUAAUGUCUUGCGGGGUAUUGGGGAAAACUCUGCCUCGUCCUUCAUGGAGCUUACGUCCUCUGCUGAGCUUUCUUCGCCCGACACGACCAGCGUCUCACUGGUCAUCCCUACACUCUCCGCACACUUGACGCGGGGACAAUUGGAAUGCCUUUUGGACGUCAUGGGUGCCUGGAGGAAUUCCGGUCUGUCCGGCAUCCCCGUGGAGGGCGUGCCUGUCGUGGCAUUCUCGACAUCGCAGGCGGCAGGCGGUGGUAGUGGUGGUGGUGGGCAUCCGGAGGGUGCGGCCAGCGGCGCGACACCAAUUGCGACGUCUCUUUUGGGAACGAUGGUGAUGAAGAAGAAAUCCAAUUCUGGGAAUUCGGCCCUGCUACAUUCGGGCAACACCGCGAAUGUCACACCCCUAUCACCGGAUACAUUGACACCAUCGAACCGCGGACGCAGUGGCAGUGGGAGAGGCGGUGCUACCGGUGGAUCGAUCACUUUCAAGGCGAAUAUGCAGCGAUUUGAGGCGAACAUCGACGGAGUUUUUCAGCUUGAUGUGGAUCAACUGGACUUUGUGUACUUGACGAAUUCCGGGAUGAAUACCACCGCUACCACCAUUGCGUUGGAUACAAUUGCACUACGGCAUCAUGUGUGUGGUGUCAGUGGCCUUCGUGCCGACAUCCAUCUUUUCGUGAUGAAGAAGGCCCAACUCACCUCUACAGUGACGGUUCAAGUGUCUUUGGCAGCCCGCAUGUCGGAAACGAACACAAACAUCACACUGGAAAGUUUACAGAUGUCACUUUCUCCGCUGGUGCUACUUGACGCGCGAGAGAUGCUGUAUGGGCCAUUUUGCACAAAAGUCCUUCGCCUUCCUCUUUCACCCAUUCCCGUUUGCAGGUUGACCACCGAUGUGCACGUCUUGGGCUCGGACCUGGUGCUCGACAGUCAUCAUAUUAUCAUCACGGCGGGGAAGACACGUUGCUCCUAUAAACUUGACUUGAAUCAGCACAAGCUUUAUCUGUCAGGCACCCCAACUGCCCAGAUAGUCUUGGAUGACAACUGCCAACUGACCCUCACGAAUGGCUGUAUUUUUGUGCCCGGCAUGUAUGCGUUGAGUUCAUUUGUCAGUUUUGGUCUUAAUGCGACACUAUUUACGACGGACACGUGUAUCAUUGAGAAACAAGUGCACCAUGGCCGAAAUCUCGCACCAUUUGUAAAGCCGAGCAAAAGACGGAGCAAGGCAGUACCAGAUUCUUACUUACUGUCUGGAAACAAGAAUGCCGUCCCCUGUUCCCUCCCUUCAAUAAAGCCGUUACCACAGUCAGGAGUCCUUUCCCCACCCAUUGCCGUCAUUACCCCUGUUCAUGCUGGAUCCCCAUCCAAUUCCACGUCAAACUUCAUGGGAGACGAUGUUCGUACGAUUGCGUCCUUUCAGUGCAAGGAGUUCACUAUGCGAAUGUUGUCUGAGGAGGUAGAAGAGAUUAGUGUCACAGUAACCGCGUCAACUUCUUUUCUUUACUUGCAGCAGACGGAAAAUGGGGUGUUAACACAACGUUCGGCCAAUAUUUCUCUUAAGGAUAUGCAUACCUCUGAAGAAGACGAGAACACGCUGUUUCCAACGACAUUAGAGUUAUCAUUAGCGGGGGCCGACACCAUCUGUAUUGUUGCAAAUUUAAGUGGAUUGGAGUUAUGCCUACGUAUGGCUCUUUUGCGUUCGUUAUUGGAAUUUGGUAAUGAUUUUAUGACCGCCUUUAUUGGGGAGGCCAUGCUUCAACGACAUGCGCCGCAGGUGGCGCUUGAGAAUGAGGACCUCCAACCCCUAGUGGAUUUGCCAAUUGCUGGGGAGUGUCUUUCUUGUGGCAGUCCUGGUGCUUCAUUGGGUGAGUCCAAAGAUGCAACAGGUGUGUUAUGUUACCACUGUUGCACUGGACGUCGUACGCUGCCCGCGACAGAGAUAAACUUUGAUGUUCCAUUGGUGGACUUGGUGCUAUUGGGUGGCCAGGGUGGCAUGCUGCAGUUGUACACAUCAAGCGGUAUCGCGGUAACCGUGGCGCCUGAUAAAGAAUUUCAACUGCAGAUGAAACUGCAGGUUUACAAUUUAAAUCCUCACGCAAACAUUUGGGAGCCGCUAGUGGAGAGGUUUGAGGCGGGCAUAAGUGGGAAUGUGACGUCGUCCACGUACAAGAUUAAGGUGGACCGCUUUGACUACGUCUUUUCACCUGACAACAUGAAGCUUCUCUCGCAGCUUGCAGCGGACUUUUCCCCCACCUCCAAACUACACAAGCAGCUUCGUAAAAAGCUCCGAAACAACGUACGUAAAGUGCUGACGGGGGAAAAACCACUGGAAGAUGGAAUGGGGGGCGAUACAUUGGGGUCCAUGAUGAAUAUUCAACAGGUUUCUCUUGUGCAAUUUCCUCACUACAACGAAGACGAUAAAAUAUGCGCUUUUGUCGUGGUGACAAAUUAUCUUAACGAGUCACUUGAGGUGGAUGGCAAGACGGUGGAGCCUCGCGGGGGCCGUUUGGAGUUUGCAGCCACAUCGAGGAGUGGCGUUGUGCGGCGCUGCGGCGUUGUGGGUGACGGAAUGACAAUCCAUUGGGCCAAGUCGCCGUUAUACGUGCGUGGACAUGACAUGUUGGCAGAGGUGCGGUUGGAGCUCUCCCGUGGCGAAGAGGACUUCCGUCUGCAUUGCGCGGUGCGCCUUCACUGCUACCCUGUCCACCGCAGCAAUAUGAUUAUUUGCUUUGAGAAUAACAUCAGUGCAUUUGUAGAGGUCGUUCGUGGAUUGCCGGCGGUAAGUCCGCAUGAACGGUUUUACUUUCAUUCAAGCUUCUCACUGGAUGAGAAGUUAUAUCUGCGUCCUGUGCGCCUUUCUGACGGAGAGGAAUACACGGCGGCCGUGACAAAGCAGACCAAUGUGACGCCCACAUUACGCAUGCUACUGAACGCUUCUUUCAUCACACUCGUCUGUCGCGGGAGUAAAAAUACCCACAAUGACUUUAUAUUUAGAAUGAAAGAGCAGCAGGAUGGCGUACGUGCAGGUAUUCCAACUUUUCUUAUUUCUAUUGAGCCUCAACUCUAUAUCCAGAAUUGUCUUCCAUAUGACGUCUUUUUCUCCAUUGGAGGGUCUGGAUCAAAGAAGCAACAGCGGUACUGUGCUGUGGUGGAGUCCGCGCAGAAGGCGGAUGUCGUGCUUGGUGAUGUGGGCAUCGAUGAGUUGGCUCUCCACCUUGAGCUGCAACAAAACCAUCCAAGUACUGGUGGGAUAACCACAACGUACAGAACACAACGCGGCAUAUCUCUUUCACGUGGAUUCACACGCGUGACGCUCACUGCAGCUUCGAAAGAAACACAAGAAAUGCGUAUCCAUGUGCAAUGCAUGGGCAAUAUCAUUCUGCUGGGUACGCCCUACAGCAUUGUCAACUUCACCCCAUUGGAUCUGCAGGUGUGGGAGUCGAAUAGUUUAGGGGAGUUGGUCUCCAAGACAAGAACGAACUUUGGUAUUUUACCGAAGAAAAUGCAACGGACAUAUGCCGCAUCGCCCAGUGGAAAAGAUACCACGGAGUUUUUUGUGAAUAUAAGCGUUGGUGAUAUGUGGGCGUCUGCUGUACCCUUCCAUGUGCAGGGUCGCGGGUUGAUUACAAUGACAGAGAGGAACGUUGCGGUCUCGCGCGUAGGAACGAGAAGCGUAUUCCAUUUUGUUUACCUGACUCAAGUGGACAUGUAUGGUACCCGCUUUGUGACCAUUGUGCCACGUUGGAUUCUCGUUAAUUGCACCUCACGCUCACUUUACAUUGCGCAGGCGUUGAAACAAUCUGCAUCAGCGCCAGGAGCAACAACAACGGCAUCGUCAUCUUCUUCCUCUACGACGGCUGCUGUUGCUGGUGGUGGUGGUGUUGGUGUUGGUGAGAGCAGUGGUGGGAUGAGUAGUCGUAGUAGUGGUGAUUAUAAAAAUUGGAGCGCCAGGCUGAGGAAAUCGGGGACAUUAUUAUCUCCGAUUCCAACUUUAUCCGGUGAAGGAUCACUGUAUGCAUGUAGCAAGGAAAUAAUGCAACUGGCGCCAGCAAAUUCUGCCACGCCAUUUUUUUCAACACUGAACAGUACUCCAGAUGUGGGUUAUGGCGCGUUUCUGCUGCAGGACACCCAUGCUCCCAUACGAGGGGAUCCUGUGAGUUUGGAGGAAAUCAGCAGUACGUUGGUGGUGGUCCAUGGUGCAGGCGACACACCUGACAUGGAUGGAUCGGACCGCAUUGUGGAGGUCUCUGUGGCUACUCAAGGCCCCUACACCUUCGUGACCAUGCAGGAUCCUGUUGUACCGCCAUACAUCCUUAUUAACCGGACAGAGAAGACUCUCGAUUUGUGUGACACACAAGAUCGGUUUCUCGCUCAGGUUAAACCUGGAUGUGUAAAGCCCUUUGCUAUGGAUGUGCGUAACGGCAAUAGUCGAACACGCGUGUCUUUUGCAAGGGAUUUUGCUGCUACAUGUUUUGUUGGGCGCAAAUCGAUCCUGGCUGCUGUUACUAGUCCUGUGGGUACUGCUGAGGCCAAGACCACUAUGGAAAUAGACAAAAAAGGAGAGGAGGAAACUUCAAGCUUUGUGGAAUUCAAUUUUCAACGGCGUAUGACACCGCAGGAGGCAUCCAACCCGCUUGGUAUUGAGUACAAUCUCAGUCUUGGGCCAUUUGGUCAACAGAUUGUGGAGAUUGUUUACUCCACGGGUAGCACGGAGCGGGCACUGCACAAAUACCAGCCUUCUCCGCCCUCCCCACUGGAUGUCGUCUUGAACAUUAACAUGCUUUCUAUUUCCAUGGUGAUGACCGAUAGAGAUGUGCUCUUUGGGGCCAUUGUAGACACACGUGUACACUUCAAUCGAGAAGGCACGAAGGAGGUUUUUGAUUUCUCCAUUAAAAACUUUCAAGUAGAUAAUCAGACUGAGAUUAAACCUUUCUUUGAGGUUGCUGUUGUUGCCAUUCGUACCUCUCCGGAUGUGGCGUGCCUCUCUGGGCAUGUAGAACGUAUUGUGGUUCCGGCCAAAGCCAUAUUAUAUCUUAAUGAGGUUCGUCUUGACGUUGUUCCCGUGGCGUUGCGCAUAUCUGACAAUGUAUUGGUUGCUCUCGCAGCAUUUGGAGCACAACUAAGCACGGAGUUACCGUCGCGGCAAACAUCCCCGACGGAAGAGGAGUUGUUUGAUAAGGCACAAUCAACCGUGAGUGCCAUGGAUACACGUGUGAUUAUGGAGCGUAUGGUGGUGAAUCCACUUGUGGUGCGACUUUGGUUUGAACGUGAGGUGGACGGUCAUGACUUUAUACGAGAACAUAUACAAAUUCGCACUGCGGCUCUUGUGUCCAUGUUGGUUCGCUCCUGUGAGGAUGUACGGAUUGCCACGCCCGGUAUUGCUGUGCGGAAGCGCUCCUCCAGUGCCGGCCUGAUGCUAAAGUGGCUGAUUCAAUUUUACCUCGACGGUAUUCGUAACGAAAUUCAUGGGAUUCUCUUUCAGUACGCGUCAUCUCUGCCUCUGCUUGGUGUGCCUAUUAAACUCGUUUCGGGGAUUGGCAGUGGCGCCAUGAAAUUUUUUCAGGAGCCUAUAGCGGGUCUCUCGACAUCCCCAAAGGCUUUUGCGAUGGGCUUUGCCAGUGGCUCCUCGGCCUUGGUGACGGAAGUGAUGGGCGGUGGACUGGGCGCCGUUUCCAACCUUGCGAAAACGGGAGCGGACAUCAUGGGCGCCGCAUCGGGUGGAAGGCAGCGGAAGCGAACGAGUCUACUGCAUGGCAUCACCAGUGGGGUCACAGGCGUGCUCACGAAGCCGAUGGAGGGCGUUGCCGAGUCGGGCGCCACGGGACUUGUGCGCGGGGUUGGCAUGGGGCUUAUUGGGGUUGUUACGAGGCCUAUGGCGGGUUUGCUGUCGGAUGUUUCGAAGGUUACCGGCGCCGUGGCGCAGUUGUGUGACGAAAGUUACAUUCCGGACGUUCGCCGCCUGCGGAAACUAAGGGAGUUUCACGCGAUGGGUGCGGUGGCGGAAUACGAGUCGGUUUUCUCCGUCUACGAGUACGAGCGUGGGGAGCAUGACGGGCUGCGCUGGAAAGGGAACACCUUUAUUCCCACCGACGGCCCGCAGUGGUAUCCGUGCACGAAAGAGCAGGCUGAGCGUACGCGUGGCGUGUCCUCCAGCAAGUGGAGCUUGGAGAUGGCCGACACAAACUUUGAGGGAUGGCGCUUCUCCACUAAAUACUACGGGGUGUACACGAGAGAGCAGGUGCCAACGGCGCGGGUGCGGAGACGGCGAUGGGUGGCGGUGCUCAGAUCACCAUUGACAUCCCGCGUGGUGCGGCUCGUGCAGCGAGGGGCCGCCACCGUGAGCGGCAGUCAUGCUGCCGGCGGCGAUGAGAGUCGUCGCGGGGGAGACACGACAACAAACACCGCGCCCACCCGCUCCUCGACGGGUGCUGCAAACGUGUUGCCUGCAAUUCAGGGGCCCCGUUCUGCAUCGGGGGCCGCGGUGUCUCACGAGACAUCGACGCCAACGGCAGCGCCGGUGACAGAGGGCCAACAGCAGGAGACGCUACCAGAAGUAUCGAUGCUGCCGCGCGAAACUUCCUCUUCCAACGAGCAGGUGGUGGAGCUCUACGAGUACGAGUCAAAGCUGCCGCUGAUUGGAUGGGGCAGUCGUUUUCUUCCGGCCGGUUGCUCGCACUGGCAGUACCGCGACGGCCGUGCAGCUCCGCGCAAGUCGGACUUUCAGCUGCGCCAGGGCUGGGUGUGGGCAUCGGCGUGGGCGCUCGCCAGC